AUUAAGAAAAGAAAUAUUGUUUAUCUUGCUUAAAACAUCAAAUGAAAGUGACAACAGAUCUUCGAAUGAUAGUUCGGAAGAGUCAAGCAUGAGUACGGAACAUACUACCUCACUUUCUUCUUUUAGUAAUAGAUGAAAAUGUUGAUUUGCUAUAUUGUCCUUUAAUGGAACAUUUGACAAGUGGAAGUAAAAGGCAUCGGAUUAAUGAUUAUCUCGAAAUUGUCGAUUUGUGGACCGAACAAGAAUUUAAAGAGAAUUUAUCAAGACGUUCAGCAUUACAUUUAAUUGAUGAAUUUGAACAGUCCGAACAUUUUCCAAAACAUGUUUUCGGAAAGCCAAUUUCUGCAAAAAUUAGCUUCCUACUUUUCUUAUGGUUCAUGUCAAACACUGAGUCUCUGCGUACAAUGUCUGACAGAUUCGAUAUCUCUAUUUCUUCUGUAUUUCGGAUUUUACAUCGAGUAGAAAAUUGAUUAUUAACAAAAUUAGAUAAUAAAUUAGAUGGAUACAAUUAGAUGACAGGAAGAUUAUAUUGCUGUAUGUGAAGUUUUUCGAGCUAAAAGAGGUAUUAACAAUGUGAUUGGAGCAAUUGAUAGAACAGCGAUAAAAAAAACUAUCUAUCAAUAAAAAUGAUUAUUUCAACAGAAAAAGAUAUUUCUCUAUUACUUUGCAAGGAGUUGUUGAUGCAAAAAUGAGGUUCACUAAUAUUUACUGUGGCGAACUUGGUUCUCUGCAUGAUGCCCGCGUUUUAAGAAGAUCGCCUUUAUAUCAAACAGCAGUGCAAAAUAAAGAAAUACAUUUUCCAGGAGAUACAUUUAUAAUUGAUUCAGCAUAUAGCUCAUUAUCGUGGCUGAGUUCCUCCAUUUCGAGAUAAUGGUCACCUAACACCACAGCAAAAUGAAUUUAACUUGUUGCUUUCUUCCACACGUAUGGUAAUCGAACGUGCAUUUGGUUAUUUAAAAGGACGUUUUCGUCGAAUAAAAUUUUUCAAUGAAUAUCGAGAAUUGCCUUUUGUCAUAAAUACAGUUGUUUGUGCAUGCAUCCUACAUAAUUAUUGCCUUAAUGAGGAUGCAUAUGAUUUUCUGAACUACAAUAAUGAUGCAAUAAAUCUUAAUAAUAAUGAACAAAAUGAAAAUAUUGACUGGGAAAGAAAUAGAUCGAAGAAUGCAACUUUUUCCCAGAGAGUUAUUUCCCAAUUAAUAAUGAAAUGUUCAGAACAAAAAUUAUAUACUAGUGAAUAAAUGGAUUUGCAAAUAAAGAAAUACUCUAAAAGUGAUUUGUAAUACUGCUUUAUUGCACUUUUUCAAGAUUUCCCAAUAACAAAAUGUUAAUUGUGAAAUAUGUGAUACUUAUGUACUAUGAAAUAAAUUGAAUUAAAAAUAAA